UCAUAAUUGGAGAAUCACUGAAGUAUUUUGUGUAUUAUUUGUAUAAUUAAAAGAAAAACCUACGAUUACGUUUAUCAUCCGAUGUGAUGCUGUCAUCGAUGAUUAAAGUCGAAUAUAGGAUUAGGAUGGCGUUGGUUCGAUUUUGAUGUAUGAUUGGAGAAUUUUGGCAUGUCAGACGUUAAAGUUUAAACGCAUGUUGCCAGACAUCGCGAGAAAAUUCAACGUUUUGUCCUCGACAUGCACAGUCACGUGUGUGUAAAAACAUUCCAGGCACGCGCUCGUCCUGGCACAAUCGGCAUUGCCAUGGAAAUGCGAUUCUUCCAAGCGGAACUUGUGGCGAAUGUACAGAACACAAGCGAGUUACAAGACCAAAGAGUACGAAGGUCGCAAAUUAGUGGGCUUCUCGAUGGAGAAAAUGUACCGCAUAGUCGCCGACGUGGAGAAUUACAAAGAUUUUUUACCCUUUUGCACGAAAUCUGAGAUCACGAUGAAAACCAAAGACUUCCUGAAGGCGAACUUGGUGAUUGGAUUUCCGCCCAUAAACGAGAAUUAUACGUCGAAGGUGACCAUGGCGUAUCCGAGGAUAGUUAAAGCUGAAUGUAGGGACGGCAGAUUGUUCGAUCAUUUGGACACCCUGUGGCUGUUUAGUCCCGGACUGAAAAACAAUCCUGAAACAUGCGUGAUCGAUUUCUCGUUGUCCUUCGAGUUCAGAUCCGUCUUUUACUCUCAUUUGUCAAAUUUAUUUUUCAAUAAGAUUGUGAGGCAAAUGGAGAACGCCUUCCUUGAAGAAGCGACGAGAAGGUACGGCCAGCCGUGCUUAAAGGCGGUACGGCUGCAAAGAUGACAAGAGAUACUUUUAGAGAUCAUUGAAUAAUAUUUAUUUUUGUUGGCUUAAUGAAUUUAGUGUUACAUAAUUAUUUUUAAAAUAAAUGUGUGUAAAGUUUAACAAGAUUAUGUAACGGAAAUUGAUGUGACGAGAGAUGACGAACCAAGUAAAUGCUUUUACCAUGGAACAUUUACUUAACAAUAAGUGUAUGAAACAAAAACAUUUUCUUUUGAAAAUCUAGUCAAACUUCCAUAAUAUGUAUAUACGAAAAAUCAAUGAAUUAUGAAGACUACAUUUAAUAUAAAAUGUGCAAAAAUAUGUUACGUGGAGCAUAGAUUAUUUACCUGAA